AACAUACUUAAAGCUGAAUAAUUGCUGUUGGAAUGGAGGUUGAAAUGGAAAAAGCUUGAAUCUUUUCUAUACAGAGGGUCACCAAACAAAUUGGAAAAGAAAGAAAACGUGAAGGGAAUCAUAACAUUGCUAAGACUUUUCAGGGGCUCUCUGUCUUGAGCUUAUUUGGUGCUUGGAGGCUUUCCUUAUCAUGGUUACACUGUUUGGUGCCUGUUUCAAUGGCCAUUCGCGAUAGAUUACUCGUAUAUUGAAUGAAGUGCAAUCAAAUAGUUUAGAGUUGCAGAUAUAUGAUGGCAGAACUUAAUCAAAAGGAUAGUGAUCUCAAAGAGGGGAAAGCACUGUUGAGAUCAGCCACACGCACAUUGCCUGGUAGUAAUCAGUCAGAGAACUUUUCCGAUAAUUAUAGUACUAAUAUGGAGGACAAGGAUUUGAGUAAACGUGUUACCGCUUCAUCUGGAUAUGAGCCGCUCUGUAGAAGUCCCCAUUCCAUAACUAGCGUUGCCCCUGCUGCUGUACAGUUAAAAUUGAGACAUCUUAGGAAACCACAAUCAGCUGAUUAUAGUCAGGUAGGAAGUGAUUUUAGAAGUAAGGAUUCACAGGGUGAUUUUGUGUCAGGAGAUAGUGAUCAGAUGUUGCUGAGAGUUAGUCGUGAGCUCAGAGAAAGGCAUUCUGGCAUCCAGAGUGUGAAGCCUUCUUCAAGUAAUUCCUUUGAGCAGGAUCCUGAUAAAAUGUUGGCAUAUGUAAGGGCUAGGAACAGCAAGAUCAUCUCAAGCAAUAUGCUAAGUAAUGCCAAAAAGCAGCUGAAAAUCCAAUCUACUAAUAGCCAUCUUCAAACUAUUGUGGAGGAAACAUCCAAGGGGAAGGGUAUUAGUAAAAUUCCAGUUAUGGACCGGAAGGUAUCUUGCGGUAAAAGGAUGAAAUCAGUUAUCCAAAAUGGUCAGCAUUCUUCAGUUGUCCUGAAUAGGUCUGGUCCAGAGUCUCUCAGCACUGGCAUCUGCUUGAGGGAGUGGCUUGAACCUGGGUGUCACAGAGUAGAUAUAGCUGAAAGACUGCUCAUGUUUAGGCAGAUUGUGGAGUUGGUGGAUUUUGCACACUGUCAAGGUGUUGCCUUGCAAGAGUUGCGGCCGUCAUGCUUCAUUUUAUUGCCAUCAAAUGAGAUUAUUUAUACAGGUGCAUCAGCUAUCAGACAAUCAGAUGGUAUUUUGAACCGAGAUUCGAGUAAGAAGAGACUAUUAGAUCAGGGGGUCUGUGCUGAACAUAAUUUAGGUGGAAAACAACGGAAACUGACUGACAGGAUAAUAUGUGCUAAAUACCAGCAUCAGUACACCUCUAAUAGUGGCUCUAAGAGUAAAGUACAUGCUGAGAAGAAAUUCUGCAUAGGUCCAGAAGAUUCCGGUUAUGGUGAACUCCAGUUCCAAAAUUUACCCAAACAUUCAAUUGCUCAUUUGGAAGAGACAUGGUAUACCAGCCCAGAGGAUCUUGGUGAGAUAGGUUGUACACUUCCAUCAAAUAUCUAUGCCCUCGGCAUUCUUCUUUUUGAGCUGUUGUGCUGUUGUGAAUCGUGGGAGGUGCAUUCUGCAGUUAUGUUGGAUUUGCACCAUCGAAUCCUACCACCAGAUUUUCUUUCACGAAGUCCAAUGGAAGCUGGCUUUUGCUUUUGGCUUCUCCAUCCUGAACCUUUAUCCCGUCCAACAUCUAGAGAAAUCUUGCAGUCGGAGCUCAUAGGUGCACACCAAGGCAGAACGUAUCGUUGUGAUGAUUUCUCAAACUUUGAUGAUGAUCUUGAGGCAGAGUCAGGGUUGCGCAGUUUUCUUCUCUCAAUAAAAGAUGAGAAGUAUGGGCAUGCCUCUAAGUUAAUCAAAGAUAUACGAUGCUUAGAAGAAGACAUAAGCAAGUUUACGACAGGGCACUUUCCAGGUGCAUCCUCAGAUUAUUUCAGGGCAGACAAUGAGCUUUCGUGUGAAAGAGAACAAGGAUUCUGUCUGGAAGAGUCUGCACGUUCAGGUUUUGCUUCUAGAUUAUUCUCAGCUUCAGACAUGAAUGAGACCCAAAUGAUGAAAAGUAUCAGUCAACUAGACAAUGCCUACUUCUCCGCAAGGUCCCAAAUGCUGGUAAUGGAAACUGCUUCUGCAACAGAACCUAAUAAGAAUUUGUUAGACAAGCGAGAUAACCAUGUGCGAAAUACUACUCAAGAUCUAAGCAUCAAUAAGAAAUCAGGUGAUCCCCUUGGGGCCUUUUUUGAUGGUCUCUCCAAGUUUGCUUGCCACAAAAAGUUUAAAGAAUGUGGGACACUAAGGAAUUCAGAUCUUCUCAACUCUUCCAGUGCAAUCUGCUCUUUAAGUUUCGACCGUGAUGAGGACCAUAUUGCUACAGCCGGAGUAUCGAAGAAAAUCAAAAUCUUUGAUUUUAAUGCCAUAGUAGACAACUCUUUAGAUAUCCAUUAUCCUUCAGUUGAGAUGUCAAACAAUUCUAGGCUGAGCUCUGUUUGCUGGAACAACUACUUCAAGAGCUAUCUGGCAUCAUCAGAUUAUGAUGGAGUAGUACAGAUAUGGGAUGCAAACACGGGUCAAGGAAUUUGUCAGCAUAAAGAGCACAAAAGGAGGGCUUGGUCUGUCGACUUUUCUCAAGCUGACCCAACAAAGUUUGCUAGUGGUAGUGAUGACUUCUCUGUGAGAUUGUGGCACGUUAAAGAGGAAAAUUCAAUAAACACGAUAUGGAACCCUGCUAAUGUCUGUUUUGUUCAAUUCUCCGCUUACUCUUCUCAUCUCUUGAUUCUUGGAUGUGCUGAUUACAAGAUCUAUGGCUAUGAUCUUCGUCAUACAAAAAUGCCUUGGUGUACUUUACCUGGUCAUGCAAAAGCUGUUAGCUAUGUCAGAUUUGUUGAUAAAGAAACUCUUGUUUCUGCCUCAACAGACAACACUCUGAAGCUUUGGGAUCUUAACAAAUCUAGUUCAAAUGGGUCAUCCAACGCCUGCAGCUUAACUUUUAGUGGUCAUACUAACGAGAAGAAUUUUGUAGGUUUAUCUGUUUUUGACGAUUACAUAGCAUGCGGUUCAGAAACUAACGAGGUUUAUAAUUAUCACAAAAGUGUACCGAUUCCAAUCACUUCUCACAAGUUUGAUUUCGAUCAUAUCCCUACAAGUGAGUUUGGUGAUAGUGGACCAUAUGUCUCAAGUGUCUGUUGGCGAAGAAAGUCCAGCACACUCGUUGCUGCCAACUCAAGUGGAACAAUGAAAUUGCUGCAUAUAGUUUGAGUAAAAGCUUGCCUUCUCUAGAUCAUUAAAUGAAUCUGUUGUACGUCUGCCAACGAUUUGUGUAUCAUAUCCUCAUGGAUUGCAAAUAUGCAUAGGAAGCAUUGUCUAUCCUAUCCUCAUGAAAUUAUCUUGUUGAAGACUACAUUGUGAAGAAAGUUAAACAGAGAGGGGAUGCACAGAGAAAUCAAUUUACCUUAUUGUGGCAGUUACUCCUGAAGCUGAUAGCUGAAGUAAGUUCUAGACUUGGUUCUAUAUUGUUGGGAUUUUACUUUCUUUUUUGAAAAUAUACUAGAGUAGAGCUGAAUGGUAGUGAAAGUCAGAUGGAUUGUAGAUCAGUGCAUAUCCACUAAUAGAUUCCUGUGAUUUGUUUCCUGAGCUUUGUCUGGAUAAUGCAUAAAAAUCCCAUACAAGCAUUAUUUUGUUGA